CUGUAAAAACCACCCACCCACCCCACCCCCCUUAUCCACUCUCAUUUCUCCAUUUCCCCCAGUAAAAAUGGCGUCCUCCCUGCUAACGUACGCCCCAUUCUCUCUUUCCUUUGUGUCCGUCUCCGCUCCUCGGAACUCCGUCGCUCACGCGGCCGCACAAUUCGCCUCAAUCUCCAGUCCUCAGAGAAAAUCGCGCCGGAAAAAGCAACAGAACCAGCCGAACGACUUGAAAUCUUCCGACGAUAGUGGAUAUUCCGGAGGCUCGGAUGGUAAUUUCACGCCGUCCAGCGCCGAGAAGCUCCUGAGGCUCGUGUUCAUGGAGGAGCUGAUGGAGCGCGCCAGAAGCGGCAGUGUUUUGGGAGUUUCUGACGUCAUUUACGAUAUGAUUGCUGCGGGGCUCACCCCUGGACCACGGUCGUUUCACGGCCUCGUUGUGUCGCACGUCCUCAAUCGAGACGCAGAAGGCGCGAUGCACGCUCUUAGAAGGCAACUGAGUGAGGGUAUUCGGCCUCUUCACGAGACAUUUCUUGCAUUAGUUCGUUUAUUUGGAUCAAAAGGUCAUGCUACCAGAGGAUUAGAAAUUCUUGCAGCAAUGGAGAAACUCAACUAUGACAUUCGGCAAGCUUGGCUGCUUCUUAUUGAGGAGCUUGUGAAAAGUAGUCAUUUGGAAGAUGCCAACAGAGUUUUUCUGAAAGGUGCUGAGGGCGGCCUUAGAGCUACGGAUGAGCUUUACGAUCUUCUAAUUGAGGAGGAUUGUAAAGUGGGGGACCACUCAAAUGCAUUGACCAUAGCUUAUGAAAUGGAGGCAGCUGGUAGAAUGGCAACUACAUCUCAUUUCAAUUGCCUCUUGAGUUGCCAGGCUACUUGUGGAAUUCCUGAAAUUGCUUUUUCCACCUUUGAGAACAUGGAAUAUGGAGAAGCUUUUAUGAAACCUGAUACGGAGUCAUACAAUUGGGUGAUCCAAGCAUUUACAAGAGCUGAGUCAUAUGACAGGGUUCAAGAUGUCGCUGAGUUACUUGGAAUGAUGGUUGAAGAUUACAAGCGCUUGCAACCAAAUGUGAGAACCUACGCGCUGUUGGUGGAGUGCUUUACAAAGUAUUGUGUCACAAAAGAAGCCAUUCGACACUUUCGCGGACUCAAAAACUUUGAAGGCGGGACAGUACUUUUACAUAAUGACGGACAACAUGGAGAUCCACUUUCUUUAUAUCUCCGUGCAUUGUGCAGAGAAGGAAGAAUUGUUGAGUUAAUAGAUGCUCUUGAAACCAUGGAAAGAGACAACCAACAAAUUCCAGCAAGAGCAAUGAUCUUGAGCAGGAAAUAUCGGACACUAGUUAGCUCGUGGAUUGAACCUUUGCAAGAAGAAGCUGAACUUGGGCAUGAAGUUGAUUACGUUGCCAGGUUCAUUGCAGAAGGUGGACUUACCGGUGAACGCAAGCGAUGGGUCCCACGCAGAGGAAAAACUCCUCUAGAUCCUGAUGCUGAUGGUUUCAUAUACAACAGUCCCAUGGAAAACUCUUUCAAACAACGGUGUCUUGAAGAAUGGAGAAUACAUCAUCGGAAACUUCUGAGAACCUUAUGGAACGAAGGACCUGCUAUAUUAGGAAAUGUUUCCGAGUCUGACUACAAUAGAGUUGUGGAGAGAUUGAAGAAAAUCAUUAAAGGUCCUGAACAAAGUGCUUUGAAACCAAAAGCUGCUAGUAAAAUGGUAGUAUCGGAGCUGAAGGAAGAGCUUGAAGCCCAAGGUUUGCCGACUGAUGGCACUAGAAAUGUACUCUACCAGCGUGUGCAGAAAGCAAGGAGAAUAAAUCGUUCGAGAGGUCGCCCUCUGUGGGUCCCCCCCGUGGAAGAAGAAGAAGAAGAGGUUGAUGAAGAGUUGGAUGAGUUAAUUUCACGGAUUAAGUUGGAAGAGGGCAAUACAGAGUUUUGGAGGCGUCGUUUUCUUGGAGAGGGCCUGACUGAAAAUCAUAACAAGCCAUUAGAAGUCGAAGAUUAUGACGUUCUUGAUGUCACAGAUGAUGCUGAUGUUGGUGAUGAUGUUGGUGAUGAUGUUGCGAAAGAGGGUGAAGAUGACGAGGUUGAUGAGGAGGAUGAGGAAGUGGAACAAACUGAAAUCCGAGUGGGUGACAGAGCUAAAGAUAAGGAAAUCGAUACUGCUAAACCUCUUCAAAUGAUAGGAGUUCAAUUGUUGAAAGACUCUGACCAGACUACAAGGUCAUCAAGAAAGAAGAGACGAUCUUCUCGGGUAUCAAUGGAGGACGAUGACGAUGAUGAUUGGUUUCCCGAGGAUCUUCAAGAAGCAUUUAAGGAAUUAAGGGAGAGAAAAGUGUUUGAUGUAGAGGAUAUGUAUACGAUAGCCGAUGCUUGGGGUUGGACAUGGGAGAAGGACUUUAAGAACAAAGCUCCUAGAAGAUGGUCACAGGAGUGGGAAGUUGAACUCGCUAUUAAAUUAAUGACAAAGGUAAUUGAAUUGGGUGGAACACCAACCAUUGGUGAUUGUGCCGUAGUACUUCGAGCUGCUAUACGAGCUCCUAUGCCUUCAGCCUUCUUACAAAUUUUGCAGACAACUCAUCGUCUAGGUUAUGUUUUUGGCAGCCCAUUGUACGACGAGAUAAUUAGCCUUUGUCUAGACCUUGGAGAACUCGAUGCAUCGAUUGCCAUUGUAGCGGAUUUGGAGACGAGUGGAAUCAAAGUCCCCGACGAGACCCUCGAUAGAGUCAUUUCGGCUCGACAGGCAAAUGAUAUUCCAGCCAACAAUGCAUCAUCACAAUAGUUUUUUUUCGUAGACAUUCGUUUUUUUGUCGUGUUUGUACAGUGUAAUUGUUCUGGCCACUAUUGGUUGGUACAAGCUGUUUCGAUUUUUGUUAGCUAUGUAUUAGAUUUUAGAGGAGUUGUGAAUGAAAGCUAUAUGAAAAUUGAGUUAAGUGUCUAUUUG